AUGGAGGCCGCUGCUGCUGCUGCUGCUUCUCCCUCAGGCCCGGCCGCCGAGGCUGGUCUGUGGCUGGGGGCGCUUCGCUUCGACAACCGGGCGCUGCGGGCCCUGCCUCUGGACCCGAGCGAGGAGAACGUGCCGCGGCCCGUGUCGGGCGCCUGCUUCUCGCGGGUGCGGCCUACCCCGGUGCGCGGGCCUCGCCUGGUAGCCGCGUCCGCCCCGGCGCUGGAGCUGCUGGGCCUGAGGGAGCCUCGCGCGGCCGACGAGGAAGCCGAGGCGGCGCUCUACUUCAGCGGGAACCGGCUGCCUCCCGGCGCGGAGCCCGCCGCCCACUGCUACUGCGGCCACCAGUUCGGCAGCUUCGCCGGGCAGCUGGGCGACGGCGCGGCCGUCUACCUGGGCGAGGUGCUGAACGUGCGCGGCGAGCGCUGGGAGAUCCAGCUCAAGGGAGCCGGCCUCACCCCUUUCUCCCGGUAAACCGCGAAGGCGCACGCCCAGCGACACGCGCGUUGUUUUCGGGAGAGGGGAGUGGCAGAGACCGGCUCCCUUCUCUUAAUCCAGGAAGGGCCGGAUUUACGUAAAGGCUAAACAAGCUAUAGUUUAGGGGCCCCGCUCUCUUGCCCCCCCCCAAUUUAAAAGUAUUUCACUAUUAAUAUACUUCUUCAAAAUUGUAUUUCAGUUCAACAAUUACUUUGAUAAAAUACAUACAGUGGUACGCUUCAGGUUACAGCCUCCGCUAACCCAGAAAUAGUGCUUCAGGUUAAGAACUUUGCUUCAGGAUGAGAACAGAAAUCGCAUGAUGGCGGCGCGGCAGCAGCAGGAGGCCCCAUUAGCUAAAGUGGUCCUUCAGGUUAAGAACAAUUUCAGGUUAAGAACAGACCUCCGGAACGAAUUAAGUCCUUAAUCCGCGGUACCACUGUAUAUGGUUAUGUGCAAAUGGCUUUAGAUACCUGGUAAAGGUAAAGGGACCCCUGACCAUUAGGUCCAGUUGCGGACGACUCUGGGGUUGCGGCGCUCAUCUCGCUUUAUUGGCCGAGGGAGCCGGCGUACAGCUUUCGGGUCAUGUGGCCAGCAUGACUAAGCCGCUUCUGAACUGUGCUUUUGAACUGCUAGGUUGGCAGGAGCAGGGACCGAGCAACAGGAGCUCACCCCGUCGCAGGGAUUUGAACUGCCAGCCUUCUGAUCGGCGAGUCCUAGGCUCUGUGGUUUAACCCACAGCGCCACCCGCAUCCCUUUAGAUACCUGUUAGGUUAUAGCAUAUAUUCAACACAAAAAACCAGCGAUAAUUUGUUGUUGACAAAGGACAGCUGGACAUAUAAAGGUCCCCAGUACCUUCAGUAGCCAACCUAGCAGUUCGAAAGCACGUUAAAGUGCAAGUAGACAAAUAGGUACCGCUCUGGCAGGAAGGUAAACGGCGUUUCCGUGUGCUGCUCUGGUUCGCCUGAAGCAGCUUAGUCAUGCUGGCCACAUGACCCGGAAGCUGUACGCCGGCUCCCUCGGCCAAUAAAGCGAGAUGAGCACCGCAACCCUAGAGUUGGUCACGACUGGACCUAAUGGUCAGGGUCCCUUUACCUUUACCUUCAGUAGCUUAGGGCCUCAUCAAACCUAAAUUCGGCCCUAAGAAGGCCAUAGCGCACCAUACAGUCUGCAGGUCUUUGUAUUGGGCAGUGUGAUUAAAAAAUACAAAAACCCAGUUUGGUUUAGUCGGGCUUACUCUUGAGUCAAUGUGUAUUGGGUCGGGCCUGUUAAUGUCCUUGGACAUGGGUGGAGGUGGGGGCAGCCCCCCCCCCAAUCAAGUUAAUAAAUAGAAAUAUUCUAGUUUGGAACUGUCCAGGCUACUCAUGGAAGCCAGAGAUUAAAGUGCUGGUUCCAGAAUUUUGUGCAACUAAAAUAAAAUGAUAAAUAAAUAAAACUGCUCAAAAGUAAAAAAUGUAGAAAGGUUUUUUUCUGAGCACUUGGGGUCAAAAGAAAGUAAUUUAAAAGAAACUUCUUGUCAAGAAAUUUCUUUCCAGAUCUGCAUGACAAAGCCAGACAGGAUGAUGGGAGGUGGGUGCCCUGCCCCACCUAACAUAAAUGCUGGCUACCUGCCGCUCCUAACGUAAAUCCUGCCUAUGCCCAUGUCACUGGCUCAUGCAGCCUUUCAUUUUCUCCCUUCCUUGACAACUUGAAUCAAGGUACAGAUUCAUAUCUCGUCUUUAUUAAAAUCACACAAUUGUCGGAGUAGGAAGAGACCCCGAGGAUCAUCUAGUCCACCCCCCUGCAAUGUAGGAAUCUUUUGCACAACAUGACCUUGAGAUUAAGAUUCUCAUGCUCUACUAACUGAGCUGUUAGUUAGCUAUUGUCAAGGAUGCAGAGCAUACCAUGAAUAACAAAGUAUGAGCAGAAUUCAUGCCUCAACCCCAGUUGCUAAAGGCUGGGUCAUGUAUAUCCACUUGGUGCUGCAUCAUUUAGUGGCCUGCAGAAGAACAUGUGAAAAGUUUCCCCUAAACAAAGUACAGUUAGUCCGCAACAUACACACAUUUAACUUGUACCCAUUCAGCUUUAUGUGCAUUGGAAAAAAAUUGUUUAAAAAAGUGGGACAGAGUUUUGCGUGGAAAGACUGGCAAUCUCUCAUGCCAUUGCACCCAAUGUGUUUUGGCUAUACACUCUGUGAUUUUGGCUUUAGGUGUGAUCCCCUGAGGACUUACUUGAGCUGUCAUAAAACACCUAUAUUGAGAUGAUAAGAUAUUUAUUAUGUGCAGACACACUAAGGCAGGGUUUCCCAAACUUGGAUCUCCAACUGUUUGGGGACUACAAUUCCCUUCAUCCCUGACCACUGGUUAGGGAUGAUGGGAGUUGUAGUCCAAAAACAGCUGGAGACCAGGUUUGGGAAACCCUGCACUAAGGCUAUAAUCUUAUACACACUUCACUGAGAAUAAGUAAUUGGGACUUUUGAGUAGACAUGUCUAGAAUUGAGCUAUAAAGUGAGCAGAAAUAGUUUACUCCCUGCUUCAUUUUUUACUACAGAGCAAGUAUACUUCUUUGUUCUGAAAUAAAAUGCUGUUUAAAGGCCUAAUUCUUGAUACUGAAUGAAUUUGACCAUUCUCAUCUGUAAAUUAUGCUUUUAAAAUAUUUUUUAAUAUUAUUUUUUUAAAAACUUAUUCUAGUAUCUUAUUAAUUUAAUUUCAGACAAGCAGAUGGUCGUAAAGUUCUGCGAUCAAGCAUAAGAGAAUUCCUGUGCAGCGAAGCAAUGUUUCACCUAGGAAUACCUACAACCAGAGCUGGAACAUGUGUAACAUCUGAUUCAGAAGUUAUUCGGGACAUUUUUUACGAUGGGAAUCCAAAAAAAGAAAGGUGCACAAUUGUCCUGAGAAUAGCACCCACGUUUAUUAGGUAAGUAUCCUGCUUUGGGUUUUAUAUUAAAACAGGUAUUAUAUACAGUUUGGAUGUGUUCUAGAUAAACUGUCUGUAAUAUAGACAUUUCAGGUACCUGUGACUUUUGCCUACUAAAAUUGUAAAUAUUGAUUGCUAAUAUUUGGUUCUGAAGACUAAAAUAUUGGCCUUCAGCAAGUGAUUAGGCACCCAAUACUGAGUUGCAAUUGCAGCCCUAGUUAUUAUGUAAAAAAAAAUUAAGAAGUAGUUCUCCAAAUGCUUGUUUGGGGCAGAGCUGAGCUUCAUAUCUCAUAAAAUUGUAGAAAUAAAUUGGAAGGGAUCCCAAGUCUAGUCCAGCCCCCUGCAAUGGCAAUUCCAUCCUUGAAACACAAUUCAGUCACUUGUCUAUAAUAGCCAAGAAAGCUAUGAGGUUUCAAAAUACUUAUAAAGCACAUCUUUCAGAAUUGGGGCUUACUAAUUAAAUAUUCCGUUUCUCUAGUAAAACUAUACCAUAGCAUUUCCUGUUGCUUCAGUACAUGGAACUAAAUGGCAAUUUUUUUACUUUUUGUUAUUUUAAAAUAUAUAUAAACAAACUAUACGGGAGGGGGGACCCUCAAUGAAAUAUAUUUAUAUCCUGGUGAUAUAGCUCAAUAAUUGACAAUCCUUUUAUUUAGGUUUGGAUCAUUUGAAAUUUUUAAAGCUACUGAUGAAUAUACAGGACGUAAAGGUCCCAGUGUUGAUAGAAAUGAUAUUCGAAUACAAAUGCUUGAUUAUGUAAUCAGCACUUUCUACCCAGAGAUUCUACAAGCACACUCAGAGAAUAAUGUCCAGAGGAAUGCUGCUUUCUUUCGGGAGGUAAUAAUUAAUUCUUACUAUUUUUAUAAAAAAUAUGUUUGCAUUCCACUCCUUGGAAUGCUAAUCUUUUCCAAAUUAUAUGGUCUGCAGUGGGCUGAUUUUUCACCCUUUGAUACUCAUUGACAUCCUAUUAACAUAGACAAGACAAUUUUCAUUCACAUAGGGUUGGCAAAUAUUAGUCUUUUAUUCUCCAUAGGAACCCUUAAGGAUCUGUGGAGAAUGGCAUACAUGGAUGGAAAAUGUUCAACACACAUUUGCAACUGUCUAUUUUUAAAAUAUUACUCUAUUUAAUAUGCAGUGUGUAUGCAAGCAUAAAGUUCAUAGAUGAAAAGAGACUGAAAAUCAGGUUGUAUUUUUAAGGUAACAAGGCGGACAGCAAGGAUGGUUGCCGAAUGGCAGUGUGUUGGAUUUUGUCAUGGUGUGCUCAAUACGGAUAACAUGAGUAUUGUUGGACUUACAAUUGACUAUGGACCUUUUGGAUUUAUGGACAGGUCAGUGUAUUUCAAUAACUUCAAAACAUAGAUAUGUUAUAGUGACUGGAUCAAAUGGCACCAGGAUCUCUUUUUAUUGCUUUCAUUUUUGAAAAAUUAUUUCUAGUGAACUGUGGAAGAAAUUUAAAUGUAUGGUAAUAUGUUUUCAGAUGAACUGGCAAAACCCUUGUACUCACUCAUACUUGUUAGUGUUAAUGGAAUUAAUCCAGGAUAAUUUUGCUGUAUAUUGCAGCAACAGUGUGAUCACCCUUGUUAGAUCUAUAGCUGUUGAAGGUUUAUAUUGGCUACCUUGUAGUUUAUCCCUGUUCAGUAAUUUACUAAGUAAUUUGAGUAAGAUUAAAUUAGGGAAGAGGGAAACAAAGUAUUUGUUUGACAUGGUGAUACACAAUAAUUCUUAAAGAUGUAGAGUUGUAUCCAAUUGGUGUGCACUGACAAAAGGCUGUUUGAUUUAGCAGAGCUUCCCACCAGCAAAAUGGGGAUUGAGGUUCUUUUCAGAAAUUGCCUGUCCCCCUGAGGCUUCCCACAACCCCCUCUCUCCCCCCAAAAAACUGCUCUAGCGGGUUGAGGGGGAACCCUUUAGGAAAUGCUGUGAAAGACUACAAGGGGGGGAGGAAGCAGUCAGCAUUGUAUUUGUACAUUAUCUAGUUACUGCAAUAUUACUAUUCAUUCAUAUAAACUAAAUAUUAAACCAAAUACUACUGUUUUGCAGAUACGAUCCUGAACAUAUUUGCAAUGGUUCUGAUAACGCAGGGCGCUAUGCUUAUAAUAAGCAACCAGAGAUUUGUAAGUGGAACCUAGGCAAGCUUGCUGAAGCCUUAGUCCCAGAACUUCCAUUGGAAAUCAGUUUACCCAUCCUGGAAGAAGAAUAUGAAGCAGAAUUUGAGAGGCAUUAUUUGCAAACAAUGAGAAAAAAGCUAGGAUUAAUUCAGCUCCGGUUGGAUGAUGAUAAUAAAUUGGUUUCUGAUUUAUUGGAAACUAUGCGAGUCACAGGUUAGUGUGCAUUGUAUAUUAAAAUUUAAAAUAACAAAGUAUAAUUCAUGUGAUGUUCCGCAUAAAAUAAUUCAAAUCAUCUACAUUAAUACUCUGAAAUUAAAGACAUAAUGCCAAUACAUGAUAAAACAGUUUGAACUCAAUUAUAUAAACAGCUGAAUAAAAUUCCCAUUAAAUCUGUUUCGUAGGUGCAGAUUUUACAAAUACUUUCCGCUUGCUGAGCUCUUUCCCAGCAGAUUCUGAUCCUUUAAAACUGGAAGAGUUCUUAGAUAAGAUUUCAAAGGAGUGUGCAUCCUUAGAAGAACUGAAAGUUGCAUACAAGCCUCAAAUGGACCCCAGGUAUACUGAGCUGUGAUAUUGUGCAAAGUUCCUGUGUGUUUUAGGAUUAGAGGAAAUAAUAGAUUGGCAGGUUAUAUGUUUGACAGAUUGCGUGUGGACAGUAACAGAUAUUUAUUUUUUAUUUUCUGCAAGUUUCUAGUUCCAGAUUAAUGUGCUAGUUCUAAUCUGGAAAACUGGAGAUUUGUAUUUUAAGUGACAGACAUGCUUUUAAUAUGUUUUGGGUAUGUUUAGUUCUAUGCCAUAGUGUACUUCAUUCUAAAAACUAAAAAACAACAGGAUGAAAGAAUGCUUUUGAGAAUCAGACUGCAGCCAAUUAAAUGCUGGAAAUUGAUUGUAUUUGUUGGGUAUCAUCCUAUUAUAUUACAUUUGAGAUCUAGAAAUACAGCACUGAUGUGUAGCUGCAAUAUUUGGAUCUAAAAUGGCCACUAAUUUGGCUUUUGUCAUGUUCCUGUUUUCUUUUUCCUUUUUAAUGAAUAUUUCCAUAACAUUAAAUAAUAGUAUAAAAUACAGCAAUACAAUACCAAGCACUCAUGUAGUUCCUGUCAAUCUGUUGCAUAUUUCAUUGUUUAUUUUCCUGUUUUCAGACACAGGCAACUUUUUACAUUUGGAGUUUAAGGGAAACGGUUUCUCUUUCCCUGCUCUCAUGAUGGUUUUUGCUCAUGGUCCUUCUGUCAAGAACUAACAUAAAUAAUGGUUGCUUUAGUAAUAUGCACAUAUGGAAGUUUAUGUGGCAUGCAAAACAUUCCAUGUAUAAUUAGAUUUUUAAAAACUUACUUUACAAACAGAAUAUAGGAAUCUAUCAAUAAUUUUAAACUGUUUAGUACACACAAUCUGCCUGAACAAAGCUGUUCAUGACAUUGUUACUAUGAAACAAUUUAGCAGUAGCAAGUUUGUGCUAGGAGACAGAUCUAUUGAGACAAAAUCUCUGAAGUCCAUGUUGUUAAUAACCCUCCUGAUUAUGGUGCACUCACAAUGUUUCUAGGCUGGGUUUUCAAUGUUCAUCCAACAUUAUCCAGAUUGCACAUGAAUCCUAUACUUUGUUAUAAAAUACAGUGGUACCUCGAGUUAAGUACUUCAUUCGUUCCGGAGGUCCGUUCUUAACCUGAAACUGUUCUUAACCUGAAGCACCACUUUAGCUAAUGAGGCCUCCUGCUGCCGCCGCGCCGCCAGAGCCCGAUUUCUGUUCUUAUCCUGAAGCAAAGUUCUUAACCUGAAGCACUAUUUCUGGGUUAGCGGAGUCUGUAACCUGAAGUGUAUGUAACCUGAAGCAUAUGUAACCCGAGGUACCACUGUACUAUUGUUUGAUGCAUGAUUUCUCAAGCCAGCUUCACACCAGUUGGAGUCUUGAAGCCUUUCCUAAUUCAUAUACAGGCAAGGUAUUUCACUGUUUUCUACGAACGAUAUCAUAACAUUGGUAUUAUGAGGAGUUCCAAUAGUGCAGGGGUGCCCAAACUUUUUUCAAAGAGGGCCAGAUUUGAUGAAGUGAAUAUGUGUGAGGGCCAGCCGAAAUUGUUGAGCUUUUCUUAGGAUUUAGGAUUUCCCCCCAGGACAUAUAGUGCCACGGGAGCCAGAUUAAAUCGACCAGCGGCCCAUAUUAGGCCCCUGAGACAGACUUUGGAAAUGCCUGCAGUAGUGCAUGGUGAUUUACUGAUUACAUAGUGGAGGGCAAUUCUGGUGUUGCAUUUCCAUGAGUUUCUCCGAUUCUUUUUCCGAAUGGGCUGACUCACCAUAGAGAAGCCACCAAUUCCUAAACAAUUAAGACAAAGUUGUAAUCUGACAAAACCUGCUUUAUUAGCUGCAUUUUUUAAUGUCUUUAUAUUUUGCCAGUAAUGAGAGAGAUGUUUUGCACCACUCUUCAGAAAAGUGAAGAAUUUUUCAUUUUUUUCAUUCAUUAUAUUUGUAUACCGCUUUUCUACCCCCCCUCCCAAAAAAAUGGUGAUCAAAGCAGCUUCCAACAUAGAAACAGGGAUGCAUUUCAAACAAACACUGCAAAUACAAUUUCAUAAAAACAUAGCAAAACAUGGCAACAAUUUCAUCAGAAUAUAGCAAAACGAAAACAUAAUAACAUACAAAAAUAACACAUUUCAGUACUAUAUAUAUAAAACACAAGAUUAUAUAAACAACAUAACAGCAGCAUCCAGUAGCAAAAAUAACAAGGGAGCUUCACAGUUUCACCAUAGUCCUAGAAACCCCCUCACAUGAUGUUGCUCUCUUGCAGCAGCUCUCCUCCUUCUUCCAAGGCCAAAGGGUAGGGUAGCUGGAAACAGCCUUCCCAUGAAGCACUCCAGUGGCACUCUGCACAUGUUGUUGUUCAGUCUGAUAUUUAUGCAUCUAGCAAGUCUCCAAAGGUUGCUACUGCUUCAUUGUUGCUUCUGAGUUGCAUUGUAUUGGUGCCUGUCCACCUUUAAUUAAGGUUGCGUUAGUGCCAAGUAGAAAUAAGGGACAAUCAACAUUUCAAGUUGGUGUGUCUGGUAAUAGGCUUUGUGUCUUGAAUUCUGUUCAUUUUUACUAGGACAAUGGUGUGUUGCAUCACUGAGUUCCACCUGUUACCCAGUUAAGAAUGUUACUGUCCUUUUAACUGCAGACAAUGAUCUGAAUGUCAAGGCAUUGUUCGCCAUUGUGUCACAGAACCCGAUGCUAUCGUUGUUCAUUCUUUUUGCAAAGCCUUGUUUUGACAAAGACAUUUAAUGGUUGUUGUCUUAAAAUCUUAGUACGCAGAAGUAAGUUCAGAACAACUAACGCAACUAAAAGCUUAUUUCCAUUUGUCCUGCGGAGUAGCUGGAGUGAAAUCGGAGACUCUUUGCUGUAGGUCCCACCUUCUCAUAGUUAGUUGUGGUGAUGCCAGUGAUACUUGCUGUUUUGCCAACAGCAUUUCAACCAUAUUUGACUGUCAGGAUCCAAUUUACACUGAGACUUCUUGACUAGAAAAUUACCCUUUCUGAUGUCCUCUUUAAUUUCAUUCAGUACCUGGCAAAUGUCACAGGUGUAUGGUUCUCCAGCAUGAAAAGUAAUAUGAUAAAAUAAUAAGUAAUAAUAAAUGAUGCAUAAGUAAUAUGAUAAAAAGAAGGGUGACAUUGCUUGGAAAGAAUCGAGACAUUAAGUUCCUCCUUGUGCUUGUUCAUAUAUGCCCACCAUAACAGAAAAAUUAAAAAGACAUUGUCCAUUAUGAAAGAAUGUAUUGUCCUUUAAGUCUGGAUCACUAGCUAGAUAUGAGAUUAAACUGUUCACAUCACCACAUGCAACUAUUUUAGCCUUUAAUCUGUGUUGUUUUUUUAAAUUUAAAAAUGCCGUAAAAUGACUACACACAAAUUCAAUACAGCAGACAAUACAGCACAAAGCAAUACAUAGUGUAACUUUUAGUCUUUAAUCAUCAAGUUAAAUGAAGUUCCACAACUGGAACAUUACUGUCAACAUAUUUUGGAAUGUGUACUUGUUCACCCUCACACCUCCGGCAUACCAUUUGCCUAAUACUUAUUAUUAAAUUUGCACUACAGUGAGAACCAUAUAAACUAGCCAUCAAAAAUAGCAUUGAGCUGAAAGUUAAAGGAUAAUAUGUGGGGGAGUUCACGUUUUAAAAAACAUUUUCUGUUGCUUUCUAUUACUUAGCUUUUAAUUGAUUUCCAGCAUUAUUCUCUUUGUUGACUGCUUUACUGUUUCAUUCUUAGUGGAAACAUGCUGCCCUUGUGCAUGUUUAGCGAUUUCAGGCAGUAAAGACAGAAAUUCACCCUGGCAUUCAGCAGAGUUGCGCAGCUGAAAUGUAUGACAAAACAUGUCUGCUAAUUUUUUUUCAAAAUUCCCCUUAGAAGUCAAAUAUUUUGUCUGUACCCUUAUAAUUCAUAAUUUAAGGAAUUGUAUGUUUUUUAAGAAUAACUUAACACACAACUCACAGUAACUGAUUUCUGAUAGUCUUCCAUUUUCCCCCUUCCCCUUUUUUCUAGACAGCUUUCAAUGAUGCUGAUGUUAGCCCAGUCUAACCCACAACUUUUUGCCUUAAUUGGGACAAAAUCUAACAUAAAUAAAGAACUGGAACGCAUAGAGCAAUUUUCUAAGCUACAGCAGUUAUCAGCAUCUGAACUGGUUAGUAGAAAUAAAGGACACUGGAAAGAUUGGCUUCAGAACUACAGGUGAGACUAAUGGUUAUGUACCAAAUAUAUUUCUGUUUCUGUAUAUUUCUAUAUGCUAUUAAUACAUAUGUGCAUAAAUGUUUGUUGUAAAGGAUUUGGCUAUGAGUGCAUGGAAGCACCCUAAGGGUUUCAUAUUGCAGCAUUUGUUAUCAGUAUAUAUUCCAAAUAAGAUCUUUAAAAUUGUCUUCUUGAAAUGAAUUGUUUGUAUUGGCUGUGUAGCAUACAAUGGUCAAAUAAGUUUUCAGGAUGAACUCUCAGCAUUGUGCUCUGGAUGUCCUAUCAGAGUGCCUUUUUAGACCUGUCCUCUUAAAUGAUUCUUUGUUGUAUGUUCCUGAGUCUCAGGAUUGUGACAGAAGCAGUGUGUUUGUUAGUUUGUUUAAAACUCACCCAUUAUGCGAAGCUUUCUGUGUCUUUUCAGAGUUCGGCUAGAAAAAGAAAUGGAGCAAUUUGGCAAUUCUGAUAACUGGAAUGCUGAGCAUGUGAAAAUUAUGAACUCAAAUAACCCAAAAUACAUAUUGAGAAAUUACAUUGCUCAAAAUGCUAUAGAAGCAGCAGAAAAUGGAGACUUCGUGGAGGUAAGCAGUAUUGCUAAAUCAGGCAUCCCCAAACUCGGCCCUCCAGAUGUUUUUUGGGACUACAACUCCCAUCAUCCCUAGCUAACAGGACCAGUGGUCAGGGAUGAUGGGAAUUGUGGUCCCAAAACAUAUGGAGGGCCGAGUGUGGGGAUGCCUGAGCUAAACGUUGCAAAAUAAAUAUGGAGAGGUAUUCACCAGAUAUGGAAUCCCCAAACUUUGGCUUUCCCCUGGGGACAAAAAUAAUAAAAAUACAGUUGAGGUUUGGUGGUAAUAAUUGUACUCCUCCUUUUCCAGGUAAGGAAAGUUUUAAGGCUCCUAGAAAAGCCAUAUGAAGACAACUUGGAAUGCUACAAUGAGGCAACUGAGGAUCCUGAAGUAGAAGAAGUUGGGGCUGCCGCUGCUGAAUGCAGUUCAGCAUCCAGGAGAAGAGUUCCCUAUAGCAGUAAACCUCCACUCUGGGCUUCAGAGCUCUGUGUUACAUGA